GGAACCGCGCAGCAGCAAGAUGGCCCUGAGCUCCCGGACCCCAGAGCCGGGGGCCGGCGAGAAGGCGCGGCGGGCGGCCGCCGUCUCCACCGGCCCCUCCCUGGAGUUAUGCACCUUCCCCUCCACCCUGGGCUCCUCGGUCGCUGCCGCCGCAUUGGAGCAACUCUUCGUUGUGGAACAAUCUCUGCAAAGUGACUAUUUUAAAUGCAAUGAAGAAGCUAGGACCUUUCUUAAGGACAUUGCUAUGGCUGUAAAGAAAUUGGAAGAAAUGAGAAAAACCACAAUUGAUCUUUUGGAAAUCGAAAGCAUGAAGCUCAGCAGACUGUAUUUUCUAUUGGAAACUCUUCCCAGUAACAUUAGGAGAGAACUGGAAGAAUGUGUCUAUGAUGCUCGCAGAUUAAAUCUUUUUGAGAUAAGUCAAUUAUGCAUGAAAAUUACAAGGAUGAAUAAUAAAAUAGAAUUUCUGAAGAAGAAAAUACUUGAACUGAACAAACUUAAUAACACUCUAGGUGAAAAGCAAGAGGAGCUGGCAAGGAACCAUGAGAAGGUUGUCCUGGUGCUCAACCACACAAUGGAAGAAAAAGCGACUGCCACAGUUUACAUCAAUGAGACUCAUACCCAAAUAAACAAGAAAAAAGAAGAAAUAGAAAUGCAAAAAAAAUGUAUCCAAGAGAUAGAAGAGCAAAUGGAAAAAGAAAAAGCAGAAUACUUGAAAAGAAAACAAAAAUUGAGUGAAACAAUUGAAGAAUACAAAAAACUCUGUGAACUGAAGAGAAAGGAGACUUAUAAAAGCAAGAAGGACUUGGAUACAUUAAAGAUUAAAAUGUCAAAAAUGAAAGAAACAGUUACACACAGCACAUUGGUUCUUAGUGAUCACAACUUAGAGAUAGCACAACUGCACGAAUCAAUAAGACAUUGGGAACAACAGGUUGAAGAAAUAAAGAAAUCCUGUAAGACACUGGAGGAUAAAACACUUUUUUUAAUAAAUAACAAGGUAAAACUGGAGAAUGUAACUUAUCAUAAAAAAAGUGAAUUCUUGAUGAAGAUAACACAGAUGGCUGAAAAACUAUAUGAAGGUCAUUUAAAGAACAAAGAUCUACAAGAGAAAUUGUAUACUCUUCUCAGACAAUACAAGAUUGUUUUACAUGAGGAGGGUAAAGUUUUCAUCGAGAAACAGGAAGUUUGUGAUGAAAAUCAGAAACUACUGACAUUAAUUGACCAGAAAGAAAAUUUACUCUCACAAAGAAAAGUAGAUAUCAAAAAUAUGGAAGAAGGACUUGUCACACUCCAUACUCUUCACCAAGCAACAAAGGAAGUAUACCAGAAACAAAUAAAAAUCCUGUGUGAUAACCUGGAAAGAGAGAGUCAGAGAUGCAUUAUAACUCAGUGGAAAAUAAUGUGUUUGCAAAAAAAGCAUGCACGUUGGAUGAAGAAGAUAAAGAGUGAACUAAGAGAAAUUACAGAUAAAAUUCAGGCUGCAGAACUUAAACACAAUGAAUUACUACAAGAGACCAGUUGUAGAGAAAAAGAGACCAAUGAAUUCUUGGCACAGAUUGAACAACUUACAAUAGACUUAAAACAAGAGGAGGAGGAAUUUGUUGUCAAAGAAAAACAGUUAAUUCAAGAACUGAACAAGUAUGAGCAAACAUUUGUUAACAAAAUGGAGAGUAUCAAAGUAAAGGAAGAGGAACUUGUUGAGUGUCUUCUGCAGCUUCAGGCAACAGAAGGAGAGUACACAAACAAAAACAGAAAAUUUGAAGAGCUCCAGGCUGUUCUUGCAGCACAAAAGCAGGAGCAGAAUUUACUGAAUGAUUACAUUUUUCAAUUGACAAGAGACUUUUCAAGAUACUUAAACAAUGUGGAUAAAAUGAAGCAAGAAUUAAAACAAUUACGAAAUCAGGAAAGCUAUAAAAUCAAAACUCAUUUUGAAAUUCUAAAGAACUUAGAAAAUGAAAUCUAUGUCCACGACCUAGAAGUAGACGUUUUGCUCCUGGAAAAUAAGAGAUUAAAAGAAUGUAUAGCGCACAUGAAGGAAAACAUAGAGCAAUACAAAAAGGGGCAAGAAACCCUCAAGCAUGCCUCAAGUAACCUGACUUGGCAAGUGGUAGAUCAGCAGACACAAUAUUUGGAUUUAUGGGCUGAAUUUAAGAAGACAGUUAAGAAAUUGGUAGACAGUGGUGAUGAGACCUUGAAGGAAAUAAAAAAUCUAAUAGACAAGCUGUAUGAAAGAGAUGAAAACAUUGAGCAUAUCAGUACUUGGCUACAAGGGAAUCUUAAGCUGCGUUUUCUCAUGGAACAGGAAUUGCCAGUGACCUUGGUUGGUAAGUAA